AAUCACUCCUCGCUACCAAGAAUUCUACCAAGAAUUGACCAAUCGGGUGGCGCCCCACUACCAAGAAUUGCGAGAACCAAUCACCGCUCGUCAUGGGCUACCAAGAUUUGACCAAUCGCAAUCGGUAUCGCUACCAAGAUUUGAGAGACGCUAUUUCGUCCAGACCGUCAUCUUUUGCUGCAUUUUACAGUAAGUUCCGUGCCACUCUAACGUUUCAAAGUGUUUAUAUCACAUUGUUAUAUAUGUUUAUUAUACAAAUAAAAGUAUACUCUGGUGCCAGUUAGCUAGCACACCCGGUAACGUUAAUGAUGAACGUUUCAUUUAUUUGCGUUGCAUGUAACCUAGCUGACAGUGACAACAUACGAACGACUGUAACAUUAACAGACGGACAAUUCUCCAUUUUUUUUAGCUUUUUCACCUACCGAUAAUGACUGUCAUUUACUUCAGUACGCUUACAACGGUCACAACUGUAUGCUUGUUUGCAUAGGAAAUCGUGUAACGCGACUACACUGUUAAUAACGGGCUGGCGACUUAUCAUACAGUUUACCAACGUAAUAUUUGCUUUAAUUACUUAUUUAGAUCAAAAAGAGGCCAAAACAGAUAUGUAUAGAUAAGUCAAUAUAGUUUGAGUGUUAUGAUAACUUAUUAUAUUCUGUAUUAAAGUAUACAAACAGCUAAGAAUUGCAUUAUUACAUUAAGAAAGAAGAUAAAGCAUUUAAAAUAUAAUAUAUAAUAUAAGAAACAUAUAUUUUUAAGACAGAUGCUCUGUUAAAGUUGGAAUGAUUUUGUAUUCAGACACAUUGAUCUUUUAAUUUUAUUUAUAUGUGCUUGAAUCUUCACUGAUAUGUUUAUAAGAGAUUGAUCAAUAAAGUUUUGAAUAGAUAUACACUUUAUCUAUGAAGAAUAAAUCACAUUGUCAUUUCAUGAGAAGAGGUAACAAAUAUUUUAUUCCAACUUUAUGGGCAACAGUGAAUACACAAACAUACAUUCAUGUCCCCACACAUUCAUAUAUGCAUAGGCCUACUUCUACUUUCACACAUAUGCAUGCUUGCAUCUAUGCAUUACUGAAGAAGACUGAGUGAAAAUUCUAUAAAUGUAUUUGCAGUAAGAGAUCAGACCAAGCUUAUUUUAACUGUUGUUUGUUUUCCAACCAUAGAGAAUGGAUCCUAAAUUUAGGAAGAGGGCUGAGAAUGCGCUGGGCUAUGCUGGAUAUGUGGUGGCAUCAAUGUCGGAGGAAUCAGGAAGCUCUGAUUCAACCUCGUCAAUAAAAGAGCCUUGCUGAAGUAUAUUUCGCUGUAUCCGGAGGGACGUUAUGCCAUUCAGUUCAAGAUGGAGGCGAGAUCCACAAGUCAGCGUAAACCAGCCACCUCCACACAGGCCUCCACCUCAUCACAGCCCUCCACCUCACCGCGACCAUCCUCAGUGCCUGUAUCCUCCCUGCGGUCAUUGUUGACAGGGAAAGGUGUGUCCCAGCAGAGCAUCCACAAGUCUGUCAAGAGGCUGUUUAUGCCACCAAAGUUUCAUCCAUCUGUACCUGUGUGCCCCCCAGUUUGUGAGGACAGUGGGAGACCUGCUGGAUCUAAUCCCAGCCUUGGUCCCCAGCUUCAAACCGACACUCCUCAGACCUCUCAGGAUGCGGAAAUGCUCUGCACUCAUCAAGCUCCCCAGCAAGAUGCUCCUAGUGUGGCAGAGGAACAGCCUUCAACAUCAUCAUGCUCCACCAGUCAUGAUGACUCUGUUGGACCAGACAACAUUGAGGGCUUCCAAGCUGUCCAGGACUUGACGGGACACUUAUUCACAUUAAAAGACCACAGUCUUGCCCUGUCAAGAUUGCCCUAUGGGAGUGUUUGUCAGAGUAUGACAAAAAAAAAACAGUCUACCCUCCACGCUAUCAAGACACAAUCUCCAAAGGGAGAUUCAGGGCCACAAAAAAAAAUGUUGCACCUGGUGUAGAGAGUACAAAGCGAUGCUUUGCAGGAGGGAAAAGCCCAGCACAGUGGCCUGACUGCAAUCGUGUGUGUGAGGCACUUUUUAUUCAACUUUGCGAGGAGUAUCGUGGACCCAGGCGCAUUGAUGGAGUCAGGAAAGAGCGUUGGAGCCUUGUCACCAAAGCAUAUCUUCACAUCCGCCAAGUCAUUCUAAAUA